GCGCGUUUUUAGAGAUACACAAAACCGUGCCGAGUGCAUCAGCGGAACAUUGUCGGUAUCGUUUCGCUGAUUCGGACACACGUGACGGUAAAACUCGCUCACCACCAUGGCAUCGGAGGAAAUCCCCGGUCAACUACCGGUCGCUUCCAGUCACCACUUUCUGCAAAAGCUGGCAGGUGCCGAACUUAAUUCCGACGAUUUCGAACUGGAGAUUACGGCCGGUUCGAACAAGGGUGACAAUUACAGCUGUAGCAUCUACCAGGGGCGGGCUAUUUGCCGUCGAACCGGUAAACAGGUGAGCAUCAUCGCGAAACUUCCACCUCAGAGUGAGCAACGGCGGAAGCAGUUUUUUGUGCGGGAUUGCUUCGAGCGGGAGAUUAGCGUUUACAACGAAAUUUUCCCCAUGAUGAUGGAGUUUCAACGAUCCAAGGGGGUGAAACCGGAGGACUCGUUCCAUCAGGUUCCGCAUUGCCUCGAGAGUAGUUUCGUAGACCAUGAGGAGGCUCUUUUCAUGCGGGAUUUGAAAGAGGAGGGAUUUCGAAUGGUCGAUCGGCACAAGGAUAUGAGUUUGGAACAUUAUCAGCUGAUGAUGAGGGCUUUGGCUCGCCUACAUGCGACAUCGUUUGCGUUGAAGGAUCAACAUCCGGAAAAGAUGGAACGAUUUAGGAGCAUGCCGGACGUAUUGGCCCUUCCGGCUGCUAAUGCGCUGAUGGGACCGUGGUUUACUCAGAUGGCCGCCAGAGCCUUGGAACUACUGGAUGAGCAGAAAGAACCGGUUGUUUACCAUAGGACCAAAAAGGCUUUGGCCACGUCGUGGCCUGAAGUGACGAGUGAUUUAUAUACGGGUGAGAAUGCCGAACCUUAUGCGGUCAUCGGACAUGGUGACUGUUGGCACAAUAAUCUACUGUACAAGUAUGAGGACGACACCGCAAUCGACAUUCGCCUACUAGAUUGGCAAUGCUCCCGAUACGCCUCACCGGUAGUCGAUCUGAUGUACUUUAUCUUCAUCGCAUCUAGCAAAGCCUUUCGCGACCGGCACUACGAACAACUAUUGGAUUACUACCACCGCAAUCUGUCGGACCAUAUACGCCGGCUCGGAUCCGAUCCGGAGCGGUUGUUCCCUCGGGCGGCAUUCGAUCAACAGCUGCUCCGGUUCGGUCGUACCGGACUGAUUAUGGCCACCAUUGGGCUUCCGGUUAUUACCACCAAAAACGAAGAUGUGCCCAAUUUGGAAGAAUGGACCGAACAGAUUGACGCCGGUCUCGAUGUGUCGAAAAGUUUCAGCUCCAAAGGUAUGGAGACAACGUACCGGCGGAAUAUGACCGACUGCUGCCGGGAUAUGGUUCGGUUGGGGUAUAUUUAGGAUACUACUUAUAGUCAAAAUAGAGGGGGUACAUCUACAUGAAUGUAUAAAAAAGGAAAUCCGGGACAUAACCGAAUUAAAUUAGAAUACACUUUAGGAUGUCGAAAAAAUA